GGCUCUCUCCACUCAUGAAGUAUUUCCCUUCCAGUAAAGCGUGACUUGUGUAGAGAAACCAGCGGGAUGACACUUUUAUAAAGCUCAGAUCCACUCACAUGGUGUAUGUACGGAUGACUAGUGGGGAAAGCCUCAUCACGGUGGAAACAGCCUUGUUAACCAAGCAUCAGCUUGUCAGAGUGUGACCACUUCCACCUGACUCUGGGGAUUCUCAUCUCAGGAUGCCUCACAAGAGCAGGAAAGAAAAGGAAUCCUCCAAAUCUGGAAAAUCGAAACAGCCUGGAAGUAAAAAUGGGCCUGCAGGGGACCAAGAUGGUUCGGGUAAGAAAGUGCCCCCUACUGCUCAGUUGUUGAGGGUGAAGCAGCCAGGGUCCCACUCAGCUGUGAAGAGAGAAAAGAGGUUCAGCACCUCCUCCUUCCCCCUCAGUGCUAACAGAGAGCUGCAGAAACUUCCAGCUCUUGCAGAAUUCAUAGCCUCGGUGGAUCUUCAUUCCCACCUUUUAAACCUCCAGAUCCUUGCUUGCUACAUUAUUGAUAGCUAUGCAGGCUGCCCAUCCACCUGCUCUCUAAUGCAGAUGAUGUCCAAUUAA